AUGCUUCAGUUGAUAUCGAACGAUGUGUUUAUAAGCGUGGAGCACAGAGUGGUGGCGAAAAGUGUUGGGCCACGAGUGUCGAUAGCAUCGCUUUUCGGCACAAGAAUUUCGCCGCAUCCGAAGAUCUAUGGGCCGACAAAGGAGUUGGUGUCGGAAGAUAAUCCACCGAUAUACAAGGAAACCACAAUGCAGAACUACGGUGCCCGCUACUUUGAAAAGGGUCUUGAUGGGAGCUCUACAUUGCUUCAGUUUAAGCUAUGCGGGUCGAGUUGCUAA